CGUAUACACACGCACACGAACGCGCACACAGAUAAGCAACCGAAGCACUUUCAAAGCACAUGUUAUAUGAUCUCUUCUUAAUCAAGUCUUGGCUCUUUAGUUGAACUUUCUGAGAAAGAAAAAAUUGCUUAGUAAACCUGUCUCUGGUGUCAGUGCGCAAAGCACGUGAAGAGGAUUGGCUUUUUGUCCGGGUUUAUUUUUCAAAGGGAUUACUGCUUGGUCAGAUGGGAAUCUCAAUGAAGUGUGCCCUUCUUUCUACGGCAGAAGACGAUUUACUGUUGUUAUGUCAUUGCGGUCUGAUGCUUCUGGGGGUGGAGGAACUAGGAGUCGAAAAUACCCACCCACAAACACCACAGUACUGCAGUAUUCUCAAACGCUAAACUGUCAAUCAGGAUCAGUGUUCUUUAAAAGCUCGAAUCAGGCCCCAAACCAACCCACAGUCAUUAAAGAAUCGGGAAAGACUAACAAGCAGCAACCCGUAAGAAGCCGCAAGGUCGCUGGACAAGGACCAUGAACCCCUCUGUACUGUAUCUGUGAUUACACCUUGGAGGUGAACAACGGCAGAAGAAGUGACUGGUGGUUAUGAAUCAAAGCACGCAAACUAAAAACAAAUAACAUUGACAUUGGUUGUUUCGUUAAUUUGUCAGCUACUCAAACUUGUCUCGGAAACGUGCAUAUUUUAAGCCACUCAUUCAGCGGUCUUCCGGGCAUGAGCGAGGCACUUCUUUUUGUCGUUUCUUUUCAGCGUAUACAUGGACACGUUUAAAAUAGUUUUCCGUGUAAAGUGUGUCCUUCAGUGGUGAAAUACUCACCAUAGCAACCACAGGAACAUAAUUGCCUGAAAGUGCCUAGCAGGCACAAGUACUUGGAGGGUCACAUCGAUGUCUAGAAGCUUUCAAGCUUCUAUGAUUUGGAGGCACUCGAAGCACGCAUUCGGUUAGCCCGUGUUCUCCGAAUUACGCAUAAAGUUACGCAUAGCAUAUAACGAGAAAAUGGAAUGGAAACUGCUGAUCGCCGCGCUGUUUUUUCCUGCCCAAAUUAUAUUCUGCAUUGUUAAAGCGUGUGUAUGCACACUGCUCCCAAACAAACGGAGGGAUCUGGGAGGAGAGGUGGUCCUGAUCACCGGAGGAGGAAGAGGUAUUGGUCGACACCUGGCCAGGGAGUUUGCUGUGCAGGGGGCAAAGAAGGUGAUCCUGUGGGGUCGCACAGAGAGAUGUCUGAAGGAGACCUGUGAGGAGAUCUCGCAGGCGGGAACUGAAUGCCACUAUUUCCUGUGUGACGUGGGCAACAGGGAGGAGGUCUAUCAGCAGGCCAAGGUGGUCAGGGAGAAGGUGGGAGACGUCACUAUCCUUGUGAACAAUGCAGCAGUGGUGCAUGGGAAGAAUCUAAUGGACAGCGAUGAUGAUGCCCUUUUGAAAUCGCAAAAUGUUAACACACUGGGCCAAUUCUGGACCACGAAGGCCUUCCUGCCCAGGAUGCUGGAGCUUCGGCACGGGCACGUGGUCUGCAUCAACUCCAUCCUCUCGCUCUCCUCCAUCCCCGGGGCCAUCGACUACUGCUCUUCCAAGGCCUCGUCCUUCGCUUUCAUGGAGAGCCUGACCCUGGGUCUUCUGGACUGCCCCGGGGUGGGCUGCACCACCGUGCUGCCCUUCCACACCAACACCGAGAUGUUCCAGGGCAUGAGAGUCCGGUUCCCCCAGCUCUUCCCUCCCCUGAGGCCCGAGUACGUGGCUCAGCGGACGGUGGACGCGGUCCGAACCAGCACGGCCUUCGUCUACCUGCCCUGGACCAUGCGUGCCCUCGUCAUACUCAAAAGCUUCAUGCCACAGUAUGCCUUAGAGGAAAUCCACAAGUUCACAGGAUCUUACUCCUGCAUGAACACGUUCAAGGGACGGACAUGAGGGACGCUAACAGUGACUCUAGGGGACUCUGGGAGGACAAAUAGACCUGAGAGUCUUUGUCUUAUUGGCCCAGAACAGCAUGGGGGCGGAGCAGGACUUUGGGGUCCCAGUCUCUUCCAGGUGUGGGGGAUUCUCAGAGGCCACAGCAUCUCAAAACGCGGUGCUGUUGUUCACCUCAUCACACCAUUGCACCUCAAACAACUGUUUAUAGCUAGGCUUGGGCCGGUGUGAGAUUUCAGUGGUAUGAAAACCUUGGCCAACAAUGUCACAGUAUUGCCCUCUAAAAUGUGAUCUUGUAAAAUGGUUGUAGAUGGAAAAAUAAUCUAACCAAAAUACUUUUUUUUUCCAUUGAAAAGAUAUAUUUAUUUAGAACUAUUUAUACGCAGCAGAAAUGUCUUUGUGUACAAAGAUAGUGGUGCCACUCUCUGUGCUGAAUAUGCAAAAUUUAAGUAAAUUGUAGAUACAACUUUUCAGGAGUAGUCAAUUUAAUUAAACAAUUUGGUAAUGCCAGAACAGCAGAAAGGGAAAUUUCUGAAGAUUUUUGAACCACAAAUUUUGAAAGCUGUGGUAUAUUGUGAGACCAUAAACUGGGCCAUGUCUGCUUGUAUAUGCAGUGUGGGAUAACGCUCACUGAUCCCUGGGGAAACAGAAAGUAAUCUACAUGAGGAGUGUGCUCUCUCACAGUCUAAAGGGCCUGACCUGUUUAUUUGGUGGGUUUUAAAAUGCAGCCAAUGUUCUUUUAUGGCGUAUCAUGUAAUCUUUACAAUGAAAAGUAACUGAAUUUAAAUGCAGACUUUCCUUUUUGAAUUGCUUUAAUAAUUGUCCUGAUGAUUGAGAAGAGGACUAUGGUUAUGGGAAAUGUGAUAUUUUCCAUACGGACAUGUUCUUUUUUGUAAUCUCAUGAUUUGAAAACAAAAUGGCCAGUUAUAAUUAUGUGUUAUGUUUUUCCCUUAUGUGGAAUUGCUGUCUGUAUGUUACUUACUGCAUGCUUCCCUGCUUGUGGUAUGUUCAGCUGAGGUGAUCAAGAGGUUGCCCAACCUCUCGAUAAACAGAUACUGUACGCAUCCACUGUCUUCUUACAAACCACAUUUCAGACACAAGAAGGUUAUGCUUAACUAAGAAGUCCAUAAAUUAUUUCAUUCACUGCACACUACCAUUAAAGACAAGUUAAGCAGUACAGUCACAUAUCAUGCUUAUUUCACGCAUGCCUUUAACAUUUUGUGGAUGUUGUAACAUUGAAUGGUAAGCCUUAAAAAGAGCAACAUUGGUAAACACAUUCACACUCAACUACAUCAAAGGAAACCUUUUAAAAAAUAUAUACUUCUGAUCUUCAAAGACUGGGGGGGAAAUCAAACAGUAGCUGGAUGAAAUAUUGAUGAUAUGUACUUUUAUCUUAUAAAACCUGAUGUUGAUAAAGUAGAGAACUGACUUUAACAAAUGCCUGUUCCCUUUGACACUCAACCGCAGGAACUGGCGACAUACUGGUGAGCAAGUAAUAUAUGGGCCUGUUUCACUUAUAAAAACCAUUUUGUGAA